UUGCUCGCUGUCUAAGAAGCGGAUCUGACUGUGGUCACCGACCGAUAGAGCUGGCCGGCUCUGGGCAGUUUCUCCCCUGCUUCCAACGAAGUCUGGGUUCGCAGACAGACCCUGGCGCCACGGGAUUUCUCCAACCCCCUCUGGGGGCGGCGAAAGCCGAACCCACACGAGGCCUCGCCGAACUCCGCCGAAUACCUCCGAGCCGAGUUCUCCGGAGCCUCAGUGCCCGCCUCCUUCUAUCCGAAAGCUCCCGAGUAUUGCCGGACGGGAGAAUCGGGCCUCGGCCGCGGUCGGACGCUCGCUGCACCGCGCGGCGGGAGGAGCGAAGAUGGCGGGAGGGUGCGGCCAAGAGGCUGCUGGGAUUGUGGCGGACCCAGCGGCAAAAUGGCGGCCGUGCGGCCAGGGAGAGGCUCCAUCAAGGUGCUCUCGUCAGUUCCUCUUCAGAUGCUGUUCCACCUCAGUGGGCUCUACUCUGCCCUGUACUUCCUAGCUACACUCCUGAUGAUUGUAUACAAAAGUCAGGUUUUCAGCUAUCCUUGUAACUGUCUGGCCCUGGAUCUGGUUCUCUUGCUUCUGAUGGGAAUUCUCGAAGUAGCUCAGCUCUACCUAGGCACAAAAGGCAACCUGAUGGAGGCUGAAGUGCCACUGGCUGCCAGCCUGGCAUUCACAGCAGUCAGUGGCCUCCUUUCUGUUCACUUCCUACUCUGGCAGACCUUGGUACUGUGGAUGGACUCGGUCCUCAGCACUGUUCUCCUGGUGCUGCACGGGCUGGAGGCUGGCCUGCAAGUGGUGGUCAUUGCUGACUUCAUCAGGUAGACGGAGCAGGGUAACCUGCACAGCACUGCUCCUUAGCCCUCAGCAGGUUCCUUGGCCCAGACAA